GCAGCGCAGACACAUUGCUUUCCAUGCAUGUUACUCUCCUCAGAGUUCGUCCAGAGGUGUAGUUCUUCCACGGAGUCAGCUUCCACAGCUGAGAAUGCGAAGGCCUCUCCGGCCUUGAAGACCACGAGCAGCAACGAUGAGAAAGUCACUAAGUUGGUGCAGCGGAUGAGUGCAAGACAUUUGGAGCUCAUCCGGGAGUUGAGCGCGAAGAAUCGCGAAAAGGAGGAACAGUUAAAGAAAGAUGAGCAACGGCAACGCAAAAGGGAGAGCUCCCUACGCACACGAAUCCUGGCGCGGAUGGGUGAUGAUGAUGAGAAGUUGGACAAAGCUGAUUAUCCCAGCCUUCCACCGGAUGAGACGGCAUCAGCCGACGAGAGAAGACUAUGGAAGUUGAAGUGCAACAUGGAUAUUGAGCGACGGCAGCAAGAAGCCAUCCAGCGGCUGCAGGAGUUCCAAAGGGUGAAGAGCCUGAAGCUGGAGCGAGAGCAACUCAAGCGGCAGUGGCGUGCCCAUCGAGCAAAGAGCUAUUUGCUGGAGCAAUGCCAAAACACCGACCUGAAAGAGUACUUGGAGUCCAAGGAGAAGCCACGAGCACUUCCCCGACUUCCACCUCGAGAGGCCUCCCUUUCGGCAACUCGGGUGGCGUCCAAGCGCACCGAGUCCGAGUCGGAGGUUGAUCGAGAUGCCAGUCCGACUCCCCCGGAGACUCCCCGAAACACGGUCACCCUGAUGGAGCGUGAGGAGGACAUGGAGGAAAUGGACCAACUCUGCGAGGCCAGCCCCUCGACGAGUUCCAUGGUGGCCAGUCCCCUGGGGCCGAAGGUGGCCGCCCGGGCCGACGUGAUCUCGCGCUUUGUCCGACGGAUGCGAAGCGCGCAGAUUGCCCUGAAGACAGCGCGGCAUUUGUCGGAUUGGAAGCGUCUCAACUGCUGUCCACAGUCCACUUCUGUGUUUAUUUGUGCAGGAGGCUAUCCCGACUUUACGAAAGCCAUGGUAGCCAGAGGUUGGUUUCAGAACGAAGACAAGGAGUCUCGCUUCUUCGACCUCAAGUGGGCUCCGGCCUCGGCGAUUGAUCACGACCAUCUCUUGCCGAACCAGGCGGUGAAUCACUUCCAUGGCAAUCGCGAGAUCACCACCAAGGUGGGGCUGACCUUGAAUCUCCGGAGCUGCUUACCACUCUGCAGUGCAGAUCCGGACUCUUUCUAUCCACGUGCCUACGACUUGUACGACCCCUUAGAGCGUGCGGACUUCGCUUUAAACUUCAAGUUCACCAAGGCACAGGCGAUCCUGCGGGAAUUCAUCCGGAACAUCGAUUCGCAAGCUGCCAUGACCUUCAGCAGCGAUGUGGUGAGUACUGCCUUCAAGAUCUGCCUGCGGCUGGUGACCGAUCCAGCGGAGAUCAUGGACUGCCCACAGCUCGCAGAAGCCUUGGCCAUGGUCUCUGCAGAGGAAUGGUCCUUGCUGGAGCAGGCGAAGACACAAGAUGCACAUCAGUCGAGUCGAGUGAGCAGAGAAAGCUUCGAAAGUCCAAUGAACUUCCACUACAUGUAGGCUUGGGUGCGUGAUGGUGUAAUAUGGUAUUUAUUUUAUAUAUAUAUAUAUGUACUGUAAGUACACGUAUGUCUAAUAUGUCAUGUGUAUAUGUGUAUAUAUGUG